AGCUGUCAAACAAAAAAAAACUCCGUGCCGUGGCUAAAAGUUUGCGUUGGAAGAUUCGCUUCUGACGUGUGUUUCCAUUCCAGACAAUUUCUCUGAAUUUUUGUACGCUUUUUGUGAUAAAUACUGCAUUUUAAAAUGUUCAAUAUUGCAACGCACAUGGACUUUGAGGGGCAAGGACGCGCCGAGAAACUGUCCCGAGUGAUCAUUACCCUGUUCGGUGCGGUUGGAUUGAUUUGGGGCUACAUCAUCCAGCAGUUCUCUCAGACGGUGUACAUCCUGAUUGCCGGAGUGCUACUGGCUUCCAUUCUGACCAUUCCGCCGUGGCCCAUCUAUCGGCGCAAGCCGUUGAACUGGCAAAAACCACGUCCGGAACCGCAACAAACUACCAGCGGAGCAGAAACGGAAUCCUCGAAGAAGAAAAAGAAAUAGUUUAUAAAUAGCUCACAUGAAAUAACAUAAACAUUAAAGAAUAUCAGUAUCAAA